AUGCCGAAUUUAGAUGACCUGCUCGUCCACAUCGGAGAUUACGGACCAUACCAAAGGAGAAUCACUGUCCUCGGGUGUCUGCCGGUGCUGACCUUCGCGUUCGUCCUCGUAGGAGUCGUGUUCUUGGGGAACACUCCCGUGCACUGGUGCCGGACCUCCGGGACAGAGCACAUCCAGGAUGAAUGUGACUGGACAGACAAGGAGCUGCGUGAACUCACCGUCCCGCUGUUGGAUGAGUCGGGACAGGGCGCAUUGGGCACCUACAGCCGCUGCCAGAGGUUCGAUGUGGCCUGGAGGUUCUGGAACGGCAGCCAGAGCAACUGCAGUGACCUCAUCGACUGGCGCUUGAUUUCUAAUCUCACCCAGUUACCCGUAGUCGCGUGCGAUAGCGGCUGGGUGUUUGAUCCGUCUCGCACUACUAUCGUUUCAGAGUUUUCCUUAGUGUGUGAGGAUUCAUGGCUUGCAGAUUUGAUUCAGGUGUCCCUGGCUGGAGGGUUCUUCAUUGGUGCUUUUGUCACUGGAUACUUGGCAGACAGGUUUGGAAGGAAGCCCUGUUUCAUCCUGUCUAUGUUUGGCCUGGGGGUGUCAGGGAUCGUUGUGAUGCUGUCACCCUCUUACCCCCUGCUGCUGCUCUUCAGAGUUCUCCAGGGCUUCUGUUGCAAGGGAGCAUGGACAGUCAGCUAUGUGUUUAUCAUUGAGUUCUUUGGCUCAAACAACCGGAAGUUUGUCUCAUUGCUGUCCCGCACCUUUUAUUCCACUGGGAUGGCCAUCCUACCGCUCUUGGCAUACUUCUUGCCCUCCUGGAAAACCCUGCAGCUGGCCAUGAGUCUCCCCUGCUUCAUCUUCAUCACUUACUUUUGGCUCAUUCCAGAAUCUCCUCGCUGGUUGUUGUCACAACGAAGAACCAAAGAGGCUAUGAGGAUCGCUAAAAACAUUACCAAGUGCAAUAAGAGAACUGUCCCUGAGAAUUUUAGAGAGUUUGAUCCUCUGGAGGAGAAGCAGGAGCAGGAGGCAGAGAUAAGUCGUCCGUCAUUCAUGGAUCUGUUUAGGACGUCCAACAUGAGGAGAAACACUCUGAUCCUCAUCUACGCUUGGUUCACGAGCGCAGUGGUUUUCCAAGGGUUGGUUCUCCGCCUGGCGAUCACUGGAAACAAUAUCUUCCGGGAUUUCUUCAUCUCUGCAGCCGUGGAGCUGCCCACCGGCCUCAUCUUCUACCUGUUGGUGGACAGGGUUGGACGGAGACCUCUCAUGGCUGUGUCUAACUUCAUAGGAGGAGUCGCCUGCCUCAUAGUGCCCUUCGUCUCAGUAGACUAUCUGUGGCUGAAGAAAGCCAUAGCAAUCAUUGGGAGGCUUUCUGUUGCCAUUGGAUUUGAUGUCAAUUUUGCCAACUCUGAGCUGUAUCCAACACCUCUCAGAAACCUGGGCGUGUCUGUGUGCUCAUCAGCCAGUGAUAUAGGAGCUAUAGUUGCCCCUUUCUUGCUCUACAGACUGGCCAGUAUCUGGCAGGAACUGCCUCUCUUCCUCUAUGGUGUCAUGACCGUGUUGUCCAGUGGACUGGUCAUGCUAUUACCAGAGAUGAGAGGCAUCGAUUUCCCUGAGACCAUACAAGACGUGGAAAACUUAAAUGGGAGGAGAUACAGAUAAGUCUCAAAAGGAAACGACGCCAACAGAAGUAACAGAAAAUAAUACAUAAUCUAACAUAUUUCAUGUAUUUUGGUGAAUUUCAUACAGUAUACACACACAUUUAUACUCAUACUGCUAUCUGGUACUCCGCCAGUCUUGGGAGGAAGAAAAGUGACAUGUAAAGUAGAAUUAAGAGAAGAGAGGAGCAAAAAUGAAAAACUUUUUGUCUGUAACAUGUUU